AGCUUUUUGGGCUGCACGCGACCCCGCCGUCAUUCUCCCCCCGCUGCUCCUCGCGCGCUGCUCGCGCCGCCAACGCCUGCCCGCGGCAUGAGUUCCUCCGCGCGCGUGCGUGGCCCCGCCUCGGUCCUGGUCGCCGCCGCGGCGGCGUCGUCUGCGGCGGCGCAGCGGCUGCGCAUCACAAAUGGAUGCGGCAAGGAACCGCUGUGGGUGGCCCACAUGGCGGGAGCAGAGGACGACGGCCCCGACCCACAGAAUGCGAAGCUGGGGCCCGGGGAGCACCGCGACUUCGACACCCACGACGGGCUUUCCGCCACCCGCUACUGGCCCAAGAUGAGGUGCGACGAUCAGGGCAACAGUUGCCUCAUCGGCGAGAGCGGGGGCCCGGGGCAGGAUUGCACGAACUGCGCCCCUCCGAUCGACACCAAGUUUGAGGGCACAUUCGGGACUGACCAAGGCAUCGACUGGAUCGACGUCAGCCUGGUCGACGGGUGGACCCUGCCGUUCAAGUUCAAGAUGACCCUGAAGGGCAGCGGGAAGUGCAACGCAGGAGACGGCAACAGGAGCGUGAUGACCAGUGUAGACUGCUCGACCCUGACGCUGGACAAGUGCCCCUCGCGCGAGCUCCUCAACUCGGAGCAGACGAACCUGCAGGUGAUUCACCCGGACGAGGGCCAGGUUGUGGGUUGCUACAGUCCCUGUGCGAAGCUGACCUCCAACAAUUGGGGCAACACGCUCGCGGACGGCGUCUCCCCUACGGACGACAAGGCGGUGGAGUACUGCUGCCCCACGCCUCCCGAAUCCCCCGACGCCUGCCGCGCUGGCCCGGUCGAGAAGACCAGCUUCGUGAAGGCCGUGCACAAGAAUUGCCCAGGAGUGUACGGCUACUCGUACGACGACGGCAUGGGGCUCAUCACAUGCCCGAAGGAUACGAAGUACGAGAUGAUCUUCUACUGCCCCGACGGGGACGGGCAGACGACGACGACGACGACGGUGCCCGCCAAGAAGAGCGUCGACCAUAGCAAGGAGCUCAAGAACCAUGGUGGCAAGACCAAGGGCAGCAAGGACCACGACAAGGAGAAGUCAAGCAGUUCGAGCGAAAGCGCCGAGCAGGUCGCCUUCCUGCUCGAGACGGAGCUGAAGUAUCCGUUCCACGAGUACUGUGGCGACAGUUAUUUGUUUCAGGGAGCUGUGUCGAGCCAGAGAGAGUGCCAGGACAAGUGCAGCGGGGACGAUUCGUGUUCCUUCUAUAGCUACUGGACCACUGGGCACGUGCCCUGGUGUGGGACGACGCCUUCUUGCGAGUACAGAGAGUCGGACAGCGUCGAGAACGUGACCAUGUACAAGAAGGUUCGCUUCAGCGGGUCCAGCACCAGCCAUGAAUUGGCGCCGGCCGUUUGCUGCUUCGAGGACAGCAGCGUGGACGAGCCGUGCAAGGCAGGCUGCAGGAGCAGGAACGCGGUGAAGAACGGCUUCUGCGUGCCCAGGGAUACAUGGUGCGAUACCUGCUCCGAUGAUAGCGUGUGCAGCGCCCCCAUCGUCGACGCAUCCCUUGCUGACGCUUCGAAGAAGAGCCAGCUCAUGAUCAUGCGGAAGGACGCUUUCCACGCUUUCGUCAACGAGAGACGCGGCCGUGGCAGCACUUGGCGCUCGCCAGUUGUGACCCUGGUCUUCUCCACGGCUGCGCUGACAGUGGCUGCUGCGCUCGCGCUGAAAGUCAGGCGGGCUGUCGCCUGGCACAGUGCCACAGUGUUGAAUGUGCUGCGUCAGGAGGGCCCCCGAUCCGCCAGUCCUGGAACCAUCGGCAGCACCAGCCCGGGCAGCACCAUAGGUAGCCCCAUGCCGCCGAGGUCUCCUUGAGGUGGCCCGUGCCCUCCCCCUGUCUCUGCGCCAGCCAGACAUCCGACGUCGUGAUUUCUGCGCAACGUAGCUGGCUUCCUAAUUGCAGCCCGUCUAGAGCCCAGCCGCUGUCGCGCCGCGAGGCUACCGCGCCUGCCCCGCCCCCGGCCCCGCGGCUUUGGCCGCCAAGCGCGUGCCUGCGGCCGCCGCCGCUGCUCCAAGGCGCAUUUUGCACGCCCUCCGCCAACCCCUCCCCGUCCUCGUCCCUCCCGCACACCUGCGGAAUUCGGAGUAGCGAAUCUAGC